CCCCCUCUUCAUUUCUUCAACAACCCAUCAUUCCAUUUUCCUUAUAUAUUCUUUCAAUUCCAUUUCCAUUUCUGGGUUGUUGAUCUUCAUCAUCAUCAUAGCUUCUACAUACAUGACCUAAACACAAAACCCAAAAAAAAAAAAAAAAUUUAUACACAGUCUGCCAUCGAAACCCCAUCAAUGGCGGCGAAUCAUUCCGGUUCCGACAGCAUGACCGAAGAAGACUACCAUCUAAGAAACAGUAGUUUCUCUACCUUCGAUCCAAGCAGGAUGAGUGGUGAAGGUUCUCCGAUGAUGAUGUCACCAUGGAACCAACCAUCUCCAUUUGCUAAACCUAAUUGGUCUAGCGCCGGUGGUUCAGACGGCGGCGAUAGUUCUGGUUCUAAUUCGUACAGUCUGAUUGGAUCUAUUGUUAGAGAAGAAGGACAUAUUUAUUCUUUAGCAGCAAUUAAGGAUCUUCUUUACACUGGAUCUGACAGUAAGAAUAUUAGGGUUUGGAAGAAUUUGAAGGAAUUUGCUGCGUUUAAAUCUAACAGUGGUCUUGUUAAGGCGAUUAUAAUCUCUGGUGAUAAGAUCUUUACUGGACAUCAAGAUGGGAAGAUUCGUGUUUGGAAAAUUCAUCCUAAGAAUGAGAAGGUUCAUAAGAGAUCUGGUACAAUGCCAACUUUCAUGGACAUAUUCAAAUGUUCAUUCCGACCAAGUAACUACAUAGAAGUAAAGAAAAACAAAACCGCUCCAUGGAUCAAACAUUGCGACGCAAUUUCCUGCCUAAGUCUAAACCUAGAACAUGGAUUAUUAUACUCAGCUUCCUGGGAUCGCAGUUUCAAAGUAUGGCGAUUAGAAAAUUCAAAAUGUCUCGAAUCAGUCAAAGCCCACGACGACGCCGUAAACGCCGUCGUCGCCAGCGUCGGCGGUCUAGUCUUCACUGGUUCCGCCGACGGAACAGUUAAAGCUUGGCGUAGAGAAAUUCAAGGAAAAGUAACCAAACACACCUUAGUAGACACAUUACUAAAACAAGAAACCGCUGUUACAUCAUUGGUCGUUAGUGAAUCGGGUUCGGAUCUUUAUUGCGGGUCAUCAGACGGAAUUGUUAAUUUCUGGGAAUGUGAAAAACAACUCUCUCAUGGAGGUGUUCUUAGAGGACAUAAACUAGCUGUUCUUUGUCUUGAAGCAGCGGGUUGUCUUUUAUUUAGCGGGUCGGCUGAUAAAACCAUAUAUGUUUGGAAAAAAGAGGCAGCGGGUCAUACUUGUAUUUCGGUUAUAAACGGGCAUACGGGUCCGGUUAAAUGUUUGGCAGUUGAAGAACAUAAGGAAUCUACGGCUGAUGAUAAGAAAUGGGUUGUUUAUAGUGGCAGUUUGGAUAAGUCGGUGAAAGUUUGGUGUGUGUCGGAGAAAGGUGCAAUGAAUUUUCCUCCGGACAUGGAUGCUUCGUUUAGCUCGAUACCAUCUGCGUCCGGAAAAUUUUGAUCUUCCGAUACGACUUAGUUGGUGUCAUAAGGAAUUAAUUCUCGUUAAAUUCAAAAAUGGACUUCCAUGGCCACGGUGUGUUGGAAUUUUUUUAAUUAUAUAAUUUAUUUAUAUGUAUGUAGAGGCAACAUAUAUGUGUGUGAGAUGGGCACAGCUUUAUUUAUUUUUUUAUGUAAUGUCCGAUUUAUUAUAAAUAUUAAGAAGAUCGGUCUAUGUUUCAGUUUUUAAUUUAA